AUGAUGAAAUCCAGAUGUUCCGAGUGUGACAUCCGUCUACUGGCGGACAGGGCCAGCUUGCCUGGACAGAGCGGGCGUCCGGAGAAGCCAGUGUCCGGCAGAGUGCUGACAGUGGACACCAGUGACGCGGACACGUACUGUGAGGAGAUUCUAUCUGUGGUGAUUCCUCAGAUGGGCUGGAAGGAAGUGAAGACUAGACCAAAAGACCACGCCUGUGACAUCACCUGGUUUCCAGUUAAGUUUGGUGGGAACAUCAAGUCAGGUCAAGUUAACAAUUUUCCUGGUUCCCACGUAGUCUGUGAAAAGAUCAACCUGUACCGAUGGCUCGUCCUGAUGCAGUCCGUGUUCCCCGAGGACUACAACUUCUUCCCGGACACCUGGCUCCUGCCCGAGGAACUGGACAUCUUCACUGACCACGUAAAACCACAAGCCUUGACUUCCUCCAGCCAGAAGCCUAUACGUAACCACGAAGCUCGAUGGCGACCUGGUGGUGUCCCUAACGGAAUGACAAAAAACAACACCUGCAAUGACGAUAAAAGCGCGUACAUUGUCAAGCCGACAGAUGGCUACAGUGCUAAAGGAGUUUACCUGCUUCAGCAACCAGAGGAGUACGUGGCCAGCCAAAAUGGGGACAUUGUGCAAGAGUAUAUCAGCGAUCCCUUGUUGGUGGAAGGCUUCAAGAUGGACUUUCGGCUCCACGUGUACGUCCAUUCCCUGUUCCCUCUGUCUCUGUACAUCUGCCGUGAGGGUCACGUGCGGCUAGCAACAGUUCCCUACCAGAAACCCUCCAAGGAGAACAUGGCCGAGUCCUGUAUGCACGUCACUAACUACUCCCAUAACAUAUUCCAAGACAACUACAUCAAGUCUGAAGACGACCACCACGGCAGUCUACGCCGUUUGUCCGUUGUGUUCAAGACAAUGGAGGAACAAGGACAUGACAUCCUCGCUCUCUGGGCCAAGAUUGACCAUCUGGCGACCAGGACUGUCCAGGCCAUUGCUGGUCAGAUCAGAGUGGACACUGUGGCGGCGGGCUCUGACUCGGAUGUGUACGGGAAAACGUACGCAUUGUCACAGAAAAAUGAUAACCGAGAGGAUAUUGAUUUUAAAAACUUGUAG